AUGAAUUAUAAAUGUGCGAAUACAAAACAUCCAGCAUUAAAUAAAUUAUUAAAAUUGCCAAUUUAUUGUAAUCCAAAUGAGGAAAAUAAUUUUUGUCCAGCAAAUUUUAAAUGUAUUAGAAAACCUUUUUUGGAGGGAGAAAGGGAUAAAUUGGGGAUUUGUUGUGAAUUAAUUAAAGAAAAUGAAGAGGAGGUGGAGAAGGAGGAAGAAUUAAUAACUAAUAAUAAAAGAGAAUUUAAAGAAGAAGAAAAUAAGGAAGAAAAUAAUUGUUUUUUACCUUUAAAUGAAGGAAUAAUAAUUAAUAUUAAAUUAAAAAAAGAAGAAAAUAUUUGUGAUAAAUCUAUUGAAUUGAGAUAUUUUUAUAAUUUAAUUGAAAAUAAAUGUGAGGAAUUUAUUUAUGCUGGUUGUGGAGGAAAUGAAAAUAAUUUUUAUACAAAAGAGGAAUGUGAAAACCAAUGUAUUGGUGUUAAUAAUUUAAAAAUAAAAAAUGAAUUAAAUAAUUUAAAUGAACAUUUUACUAUUGGGUUAACAUUAAUUCCUGUUGAAAAUAAAGAAGAAAUUGAAGAAAUGGAAAGAUCCCUUCGUUCAUAUUUAGCUAUUAAAUUUAAUAUUAAAGAAAAUAAUAUUCAAAAAUUGAGAAUAGAAAGAAUUUCUGGGAAUGUAUUUUUUGAUAUUAUUGAUAAUAAUGGAAGGGAGAAAAUUAAAAAUAUUGCCGAAAAUUUAGCUUCUGGCCAAUUUCAAUUUACACAUAACGGCCAACUUUAUAUUGCUCAAACAAAUAAUUGGGUUGUAAAACAAAUUAAAUUGGAAGAAGAAAAUGAGGAAGAAAAGGAGAAAGAAGAAGAAAUUAUUUUUAAAAAAGAAUUAAAAAAUAAUUUAGUAAAUCGAAAAGGGGGAGGAAUAUUUUGGGCUAUAACAAUAUCUCUAAUUUUAUUUUUAUUUAUUGUUUUAAUUGUUGUCUGUUGUGGAUGUGCUUUUUUACGAAAUCGAAAUUCUCAAUUUUCCCAUCCAGACAGUUCUAAUGCAGAUACAAUUUGUUUUUCCUCAAGUCCAAGAAUAUUAGGAAUUACUCCACAUAAUAUUAAUUGGAGUCCAAUACCCAGAAAUAAAAAUAAUCGUCAACAACAAAUUAUCAAUCAAAUCCAGCCAAAAUCUAUAUCUCCUUUAUCUUCUGACCUUUCCUUCUCUGGACCUUUACAAACAAACACUACAAGGGAUACAAAAACAGAAAUUUUUGAAGAAAAUUAUGAAAAUGAAAGGAAUAAUUGGAAAAACAAUAAAUUAAUAAAUAAACAUUCAAAAUAUCAAAAUUAUCAUUUUGAAAAGAAAAAAGGAAGGAGAGAGGAAUUAAAUGGGGGAAAUGGAUCAACACUUUUUUAUUGA